AUGCCGAGCGGUAGUUUUUUGUUUUUCCUAUUAGGAGUUGUUGUCCACCUUGUGUUAGUGUACUCUAUCUUCGAUAUCUACUACGAUUCUCCGAUUGUUCCUGGGGCCAAAUCACAGGAAUUCGUUAAGUCUGAUGUGACCUCUAAAAGAGUAGUCGUGUUCUCAGCAGGUAAAGAGGUUUUCUUUUGAUUUGUAUUGCUUUAGAUGGCUUGAGAUCACGAACUUUCUACGAGAAUCCCCAGAAGUCGCCGUUCCUUCACUCUCUUAUCAGGAACAACAAAGUAAGCGUUACAGUAAUGAAUUAAAAAAUUAAGUUUUAAACUUUUUAAGAAAAUAAUAUGUUACUGAAUAACAAUCGUAUGUUAUAGUGUGUGUUUGGAGUGUCGGUCAGCCAUGUGCCCACAGAAUCACGUCCGGGUCAUGUAGCCAUGUUGGCUGGAAUAUACGAAGAUGUGAGUGCUGUGACCAAGGGUUGGACUCAAAAUCCAGUAGCUUUUGACAGUGUAUUCAACCAGUCGAAGAAGUCUUUCUUGUUUGGCAGUCCAGAUAUCGUGCCAAUGUUUGGCGACAAGAUUCCUCACGCUGAAACGUUCUGGUAUUCUCCAGAAGAAGAAGACUUUUCUAGAGACGAUGCUUCGUAUCUGGACAAGUGGGUCUUUGACAAGAUUAAAGUACGUUUCUGAGCAUUUUAUUGCUGUUAUAUUUUGAUUUGAGCUCCGAUUUUAUGUUAAGGUUGAUAUUUGUAAUGUUUGGCGUUGUUUAGAACUUGUUCAACACCAAUAGUUCUGCUAUACAUACCGACAAGACAAUCUUCUUCUUACAUUUACUUGGGUUGGAUACAAAUGGGCACGGAAAAAAGCCGAAUUCAGAAGAGUACAAGGAUAACAUCAGAAUUGUUGAUGAAGGCAUUAAAGAAGUUGUCGAAGCGAUGGAGAAGAUAUUCCCUGACAAAAAGUAAGUUAAUGUUGUUAUCCAUCUUAUUUGUCUUUCAAUUUGAAAUUACAUUCAUAAUUGCAGAACGACAUACGUCUUCACAGCCGAUCACGGCAUGACAGACUGGGGAUCUCACGGAAGUGGAACUGACGAUGAAGUGCUGACACCUUUUGUAGUAUGGGGUAAUGGAGUCACCUCGCUACCACUCAAAGAAGAGAUCAACCAGGUUGACAUAACUCCCUUGAUCUCGUCAGUACUCGGUGUACCCAUUCCGGUCAAUAGUUUGGGUAUUGUGCCAUUGAACUUCCUCAACUUCCCUUCCAAACUCAAGUGUAAUAUCGCAUGUACCAAUCUGAAGCAGAUGGUUGAGCAGUUCGGAAUCAAGAGGACUGAAAAGCUGGAGAACUCUUUCAAGCUACUGUUCAAGGAGUACGAUCAGUUCAAGGCGUCUGUUCUUAACAAGGUUCAUGAUACUGUCUCUGCCUUGAUCAAGAGCAAAAGAUACGACGCUGCUUCUCAAGUGUGUCUGGAAUGGAUACCUAGAGUCAGGGAGGGAUUGUACUACUUUCAUCGUUACAACAGAACUACCUUGGGCAUGGCUAUAGCUACAUUGUUCAUGACCUGGAUUGUCUUACUGUACACUUUUAUGAGGUGGUAAGUAGUUAUUUUAAAUAAUUUACUUUUAGUACUAUAGUAUGACAUUUUGUUACCUAAAUUUCUGUUUUCAGGGGUGCCUUCCGUGAUACGACAACCUUUAAACCAAACAAGUGGUUCGUAGCAUUUUUUGUAUUAGAAAUAUUGAUAUCUAUAAUACACAAAUGGUCAGUCAUUCACGCCUGCUUCUACUUGCUGCCUACUUACGUCAUUUCAUUAAUCUGGAACAGCCACGGCCUUACUCUACAACAAGUAUUGACUCACUUAAAGGACUUUAAACAGAUGUAUCUUCAAAUGAUUGUGUCGCUCGCUAUUUCCAUCGUAUACAUCGUGAUUACCGUAUCGGCUUUCUACGAACGAUCAGUUGUAACUUUAAUGUUGUUAUUCAUAGCACCGUUCCCACAUUAUAUGUCGUCACUGCCUAAAAUCUGGUAUGUUUUUCGUUAGUUUCUUUUUAUUUUCUAAAUUUCAUUUAUUGUUACAGUACUUUUUUGUUUCAGGUCAAAAAUCUGGUCGGGAGCUUGUGUUUUACUAGCCAUUUUCCCACUAUUACCUCCUGUAGGAAACAUACCAAUACAUUCUCUAGUCAUAACAUCGCCCAUAAUCUGCGCUGUAGGAGUCGAUUACUACCGUAAACAAUAUGCAAACGAAAACAGUCGCAAGAAUUUUAAUGUCAUUACUUUGCUACUGCUUAUGGUAUCUGGAAUCAACAUGCUGGAGCCCUAUUUGGUAAGGUUUUUACAUAUUAGUCAUAGUAAAUUUGUUAACGAUAUAAUUUUUUAUUAUUAUGUCCUUUGUAGACGUUGUUAUGCCGAAUCUCAUCGUGGACUCUUCUUUUUGUUGGAUUCUGUCUUCCGUUCACGAUAAACACGACCUUAAUUGAUAGAUUCGUGGGCUGGUUGUCAUCUACCUUCAUGGUGUACUGCUUACUCUCUAUGGCAUACGAAUGUGUCUUCUUGUUAAUGUUCAUGGCCUUGCUGCUGUGCUACGUCAGGUUAGAAUACUGCAACCUCAACGACUUCAAAUUUUUGACAUUGAGUAUCGAACAAACGACGAAGAAUACCAAGAAAGGGCUGUUCGAUGUUGAUGUAAAGACUCUCGGACCCUUCCAGCGACAGGAAUGGCAACGCGCCAUGUUGUUGAUCAUCCUCAUAGAAGUAGCCUUCUUCGGAACGGGAAAUCUUGCUUCGUUGAACGGAUUCAACCCGACUUCCACCAAGAACUUCAUCAACACGUUCUCGCCUUUCCUGAUGGCCUUCCUUCUAAUACUUAAGGUAGCUAUUCCUCUAUUACAACUUGCAUUUGGGCUGGCUGUUGUGCUCCACAAUCAAGAAAACAAGCUUCCUCGACUCGGUGUACUGCUUAUGAUGAUUUCAGACAUGAUGGCUAUGGUAAGUUAAUCAAUUUAACAUAAUAUUACACUAAAUAUAAAAUAAUACUAAUGGUAGAAGAAUGCCUCUUAUUAGUACUGUUACAUUACAAUAAUUUUUAGGUCUUCUUUUUCAACUUGAAAGACGAUGGAAGCUGGUUGGAUAUUGGAAUGAGUAUAAGUCAUUACUUAAUCUCCCUGGCAAUGUCCAGUGUGGUCUUUCUACUUCUACAUAUCGCAAAAUCAGUUAUGGAAUUCAAAAUGAAAUCAACAAUUUGCUCAAGUAUAAGCUGA